UUUUUGAGGUUUCUAAUUCCAUCAAAAUCUGAUCCACGGUGGGCCCGGACCUCGCCGCCCCUCCUGUAAUAAAUGCACUCACUCACUCCUCACUCUUUUCGCCAUUUCAGUCAGCUGCUAGCUUCGUCCCGUCUGUAAUUUUCCCUUUCCCAUCCAAUUUAUUUUGCUCAGAUUUGCCUAAAGUGAAGAAUUUGUCAUUUCCACAAAGUUUGCGAAGAUUCAAAAUCAAAAGCAACAAAAAAUAUAUAUAAUGGUGGACGUCGACCGGAGGAUGUCCGGUUUGAACCCGGCCCACGCCGCCGGUCUCCGCCGGUUCUCCGCGCGGGCAGCGGCGUCGGCUCCGUCCACGCCGAUCCCGCCGCGGAACGGCCAGCUGUCUUUCGCGUCCCUGGCAGACAAACUCAUUUCCCAUUUGAAAAAUUCCGGCAUCCGAGUCGAACCCGGUUUGACCGAGCCGGAGUUCGACUUUGCUGAAGCCGAGUUCGGCUUCUACUUCCCGCCGGACCUGAAAGCCGUUCUGUCCGCCGGACUUCCGCUGGGCCCCGGCUUCCCCGACUGGCGCUCCUCCGGCGCGGCGCGCCAGCAGCUCCGCGCCUCUAUUGACCUCCCCGUUGCUUCGAUUUCGUUCCACAUAGCUCGGAAUUCCCUCUGGUCCAAGUCGUGGGGCCCGCGUCCGGUCGAGCCGGAGAAGGCGCUGAGGAUAGCCCGAACCGCUCUGAAACGGGCGCCGCAUCUGAUUCCGGUUUUCAACCAUUGUUACAUUCCCUGUAAGCCUUGCCUCGCCGGAAAUCCCAUUUUUUACGUCGACGAGAACUGUGUUUUCUGCUGCGGCUUCGAUUUGUCCGACUUCUUCGAUCGCGAGUCCACCGGAUUUCAUCAGGAUCCGUGUCCUAACAUUCUGUCGAAGCAGCGGUCCGUGAACGAGAAAUCUGCCACGUCAUCGCCGGAGGACAAUUUCUCCCGGAGGAGGAGUCUGGACGCAGUCCCCGCCGGAAAGCGGGCGCCGCGAUGGGUGGAGUUCUGGAGCGACGCGGCUGUCGAUCGCCGCCGCAGGCAAUCAAAUUCGUCUUCGUCGUCGUCGUCGUCGCCGGAUCGGUACAUCGACAUGCCGCCGAAAUCCAUACCGCCUAAAUGGGUGGAUAACUACGUCACCCGAAUCGGGUCGGUUCUGAGAGAAAGCGGGUGGGCAGAAUCCGACGUCUCUGAGAUCGUACACGUGUCAGCAUCCGGAAUGUUCGACGGUGAGAUGGUGAUCCUCGACAAUCAAGCGGUGCUGGACGCCCUGCUAUUGAAAGCGGUUCGGUAUUCGGAUACGCUCCGAAAGGCGGGUUGGAGCUCCGAAGACGUCUCGGAGGCACUCGGGUUCGAUUUCAGACUGGAGAAGGGGAAGAAACCGGCAAAAGAGCUGCCACCCGAGUUGGCUGACAAGCUUGGGAAACUGGCCAAGUCGGUCAACCGGUAGUCACCGUUAUUACUGAUAAUUUAUUUAAUUUUGGGAUGUUCCAUUUCAGUAUUCGAAGCCUCGGGUUUGCUUUUUCCUUUUUCGUUUUAGGAAUCGGGAAAAGAAAACAAUAUAUAUAAUUUAGGAAAGGCACAUAUUUUCAAUAUAAAGAAUUACAUGAAUUUAAUCUAUUUAUUUACUGCUGUAAUUGUUCUUAACCUGUCUACAGACAAACAUACAAACAAUACAAAUAUCAACGCAAAAAGAAAAGAAAAAAGUCAUUAUUUGCACGUGUAUCAGUGUAUGCAUGCGGAAGAUACUUGAAAUUAAUUUUUAAACAAAUCAAGUUCUAAAGCCUCAUUAAUCAUAUCUACAAUUAAUUAAUUAAAUUUAUCUUUUCAUUAGGAGCGCAUGCACUUGACAUAGUAAACAAAACUGAACUGACCCCGUCGCGACGGCGUCGUUUUGUUCCCAAUCCAAAAAAUUACAACGAUCGAGUUCUUGAUCUGAUACGACGUCGUACUGAAUGUUUGUUCCUCCCUUUGCUCUUUUCUUUGCCCUUUUCAGAAAUUAAAAUUCCCUAAAACAUUAGUGGAGUUUUCAAGCAGAAGACAGCAUGGAGAAACAGCACACAGAAAUAUGUGUAUGCUGUAAAAGAAGCAAAUUUUCUGUGGCAGUAAAAAGGGUGUCAGAGUGGUUUAAUGUGUGUGAUAAUCAUUGGCAAUGGCAUUUUUGCAAACCCUUUUUUAAAAAAAAUUUGAUAUAUUGAACACACUCAUCAUUAUGAGUGUUUGUUUGUUUGUUUUGGUAAUUUCUUGCUUGAGAGAGAAGCAUUUCUCACAAUCAUUUGUUCAACAUAUAUCUUUUAUCUAUGUUUUGUGCACCCAAGUUAUGAUUUUUAUUCUCAAGUUUUGGGUGUUUGAAUCAUGAUGAUAAAUUCUUGUUUCAAGUCGCUUUAAUCCUAUUUCUUUCCAA